GAGUACGGGGCUUCGCCUUUAACCGGCCUUAAAGUAAAGAUCGGAUCGCCGCCGAUCGCCCCGUGCGCGUGCACAACAGAGUUAGAGCCACCGGCUUAUCGUACGGAUCGCGCCGAGAAUGAAAUUCUUUCUUUGCCCGGUAGAAUACAGAAGCAGCGGCAGUGUCUCUUUGUAUAGCAAUCUUGACAAUAAAAGAAAACGGCUGGAACGUUUAUGGCCGAACGGCAGUAGUACUAGUGGCUGCAUCGCCUGAACGGAUAUUUCACCAAGGCAUUUUCCACACGUCUACUUUUGCACAACGUUGCGAAAUACCGUGGCCGGAACACCGCGAAUCGAAUUGCUCGCUCGUGGCACUUCGAUCGUUUAAAACCAGAAACGAGAAAGUAAAUAGAUAAUACAAAGAAAACCCGGAUAAAAUUCGCGGGACGCGCCUUUCUUGUAUCGGUUAGUUUCUUAGCACGAGAUUCGAACUCGCGCCAAAGUGUGUUCCACAGUGGAUACUAUUUCUCUUUUGGGUUACAACAAGAAGUGGCCGAUAGGCGAGAUGCCGGUGCCGGUUUGGGAUUGCUCUGACCUGGGCCUGUUGGACGAGCCCCUGGACACCGCGAUGGUGGUGUCCGACGACAUAUGGAAGAAGUUCGAUAUGGACAAGCUGGACCGAGCGGAUUGUAACACGGACACGUAUCACGAUCGGAACAUCGACGACAGUAUUCUGCCCGACUUGCUAUACGGCAAGAUGACCUGUCUGGCAUCGCGCAAGAUACGCCAUCACGACUGCAUGUGGGCAGGUCUGUGCAUCAGCAAGGAGCACAAUAGGACGUUACCCGCGAAGAAGGACUCUCAGAUACAGAAGAGAGUGCCGGCUGGUCGAAGUCUAUUGAUAUCGCGUGCCAACACGGCUCAGACGGCUACGUCUUAUGGCAACCAGCAACAGGCUCAGCAACCGUGCCGCGCGAAAAGUCUGGAGAGCGACGGCGAUUCCACGAGGCCGGAAACACCCCAAACUUCAGCAUCCGACACAGAAACGGAGGACGAGGGGCCUUUCUUCAGGCACGAUCAGAUCAACAUACACGAGAAACUCUCCGAGUGCAUGUCGGAAGUGGUCACCAAGGUUGUUCCGGUGAGCGAGGUCACCGGUCAGCUGGUCAGAUUUCACGACAGGAGGAAAGAGGACGACAAAGGUCAGUGUCAAGUGUACAAGGAGACCAACAUCAGGAACACCCUCAGCGAUCACUGUUAUCACCUCAAUCAGCCCAAGAAUCUGGAACACCUGGGCGUUCAGACACCCUCCGAUUCUGAGGAGGAAGAGAUAGACGUAGUGACCUUCGAGAAACCCUGCAGACCAGCGGCCCUGCCGACGUACCCGAGUCCGGCGGACCAACAGCACUUCCAGUUGACGGUGAACACCGCGUUCAAAGACAAGAACCCGGGCCCGAGACCUCGUGGCAGGCCUCCGUCGAACCCAGCGCGAAAAAGGACCGCGCAGCCUGACCACAAGCCGGCAAAACGGGCGCGUCACAGGCAAUACCAGAGGAGAAACAAGGUAGGACGAUGUAUGACCGUGCCGUCGCCACCGAUGAAGAUGACCGUGCAGACAGUCUCGAGAAGUUCCUCAGACGACGAGCUGGACACAGAGAAGAGGAGUUUGCACAACAACAUGGAACGCCAGAGGCGGAUAGAGCUUCGAAACGCGUUCGAGGAGCUGCGGGUUCUCGUUCCAGCGGUCGAGUCGAAAGAGAAGGCGCCGAAAGUCGCCAUAUUGAGGCAGGCAUCCGUGUACUGUGAUAUGCUGACAGAGAUCGGCCAGAUCACCGUGGCCAAGGUGACGGAUCUCAGAAGGCGACAGGAGAAGCUCAGAGCAAGACUCCGUCAGCUGCGGACGAGUCUCGCCAUGACGCGUUGAGGGGAGACUCAGGGAAUCGUAUCAGAUUCGGCCAGCCGGCUAACCCCCGCGCCAUACGCUUGAGUCUAAUUGAAAGUGGAUCGGCAGCAAUCUCUCUGCUCAACGUUUGUGGAGAUUUCGUUGCCCUUGCGAGACCAUCGAAGAGGUCUUCAGGCGAUCCACCGAGGGGGAAUAUGUGCGGGCGGGCAUUUCGUAGCCUGGCUCGAGCGGAAGAGCCCCUUCGUGUUCGACGGUUCCACGAUUCACUCGAUCGAACGAAUCGCGAAACGUCGGACACUGGCGAAUCUUUCGGUAGUUUUUAACGGAGGAGUAUCAUCGAGUUUCGUUUACCUGAUAUACAUAGAGCCGAGUACUGUCGACCACACACCGAACAGAAUACGUUAAAAUUGGUGCCAAA